AUGUUCUCCAAAGAUCGAGCAAAGCCGUCGUCGUCAUCCUUGGACCUCUCGUCGCUGCAAUCCUACUCGCCCGGCUGGUCGCCUCAUCUGCGACUUGCCACCUGCAUCUCGCUCAAAUAUGCUGUUCAGCGGCACGUCGAAAGGGCUACUGCGCUGAGCCGGAGCGCAAACGCUUCAGCGACGUCGGCUGCAUCGGGCAGCCCUUUCUACUCUGCUUCGCAAGAAUGGUCAGACUACGGCGACAAGUUUCUGACCGCGACUUGCCAGCAUCUCGGCAUAUCCGAAUCAUCGCUACCGCCAGGCCCGAUCGGCCUAGAAGAUGUACUUGCUGCAGCUCACGGCCGCUUGGAGCAUGCCGACACUCGAGAUCCGAUCUGUCAAAACGAGCCGCAGUUUGAGUCGGGAUCCGACCAUGCACGCCGUUUCCCCAAUUUGGACCUCCCGAUCAAAGGCGUCGACGAUGCGAAGAAGGAGCAGCUUGAAGCGUCUCCAUCCGUCGAGAAGGCUGACGCGGAUGACGCCUCGGUCUCUCUCGAGAAUCUCAGGCUCGAGUCUUCUGCGACCCCCUCAUCCCCUGGCUCGGAUCACGCAUCGGAUCUAUUCUCGUACGAUCAGGAUGCUCAAGAGCUUCCAGACUAUUUCCGCAAUCGAGAGGAAGCGUCCGAGCCCUCACAAACAAGCAGUGCUGAUAGGAGACGGCUUCAACGGGCUCGCUCUCUUUCCAAGGCCACUUUGGCCUCGGCGGAACCGAAGCGCGUACAGGGUGCCAUCGACCCUGGCUCCGGCCAGGAAAUCGAAGUGGCGCACGAGCUCCUCCUCAUCGCGCUCGGGCUUGGACAGUAUAGAGCGCAGGAUGGCACAUCCACCGUCUUUGAGCAAGACUUUCUUUUCGGAGAUACGCAGCUCGAUCUUAAAGGCGCCGAGGUCGGGAACUCCGAAGCGAAACCUGCCGAGGCCCCUGCCUUGCCCCCGCGCCCUCAAAGAGGUGAAACUUCCGAGACGAGCUCGACGCUUGCCUCCAAGUCUCUAGCGCAGGUCGGCCCUACCGAUACCAAUGUCGGUCGCUCGGCGGGUGAUCCGAUGUCCAAGGUGACAGAGACUGGCCGUGUCCUGAGUGGCGCCUCGAUAAGCGCCUUCAACUCGCUCAAAGUUGGGACUCUAUCUGGCUGGAACAAGCUCUCGACUGCCAGCAAGGAGCUCGUCAACCCGCAAGCCUCGGCCAACCCGGAGACUAAGCCCGCCAACAAGGAUGCAAAGCAGCCGGUCAAGCCGAACGAAGUGUGCCACUACGACGCCAGAGCUCGAUCGCUGGUGUUUGUCGCGGUGACAGCCAUGGGCAUUCCGGGCCGACAGGUCUGGAUGGCUGAAAAAGUCAUGGCGCAGACCAUCUACUUUAUCAUGAGCGAAGGUGAUAAAGCUUCUGCAUCAAAGCACGGCAAGGGCAUCGUCGAGCAGCUACCUGCUGGUGCAUCGCUCGAUGCUCGCACGGGAUCCAUCACGCAAGCCUCGCAGCGCUCAGAGUACAUGAACCAGCACUCUGGGUCGGUCGUGCAGCGCGAGCGGGAGAAAGUCUCGUGGGGCAAGUGGGCUGCCAUGGGAGGCGGAUUCAUCGCGGGAGGUUUGGUGAUCGGCCUGACCGGUGGACUGGCCGCGCCACUCAUCGCGCCUGCCCUGGUCGGCCUCACCGGAGCAUCGUUCCUCGCCACCUCGGGCGGAAUCAUCAUGCUCGGCACGCUCUUCGGCUUGGGCGGAGGUGGCCUGGCGGGCUACCGCGUCGAACGCCGCCUUCGAGGCGUGUCCUCUUUUUCGUUUGCCGAGUUGGUGACCGAGGCACGCAAGGCGGGUGUCGCCAUCCCGAGUCUGCAUGCGACGGUCUGCUGCAGCGGUCUGAUCCUCGAGGAUGACCAGCAGGUUGUGCCUUGGAAUCACGUCUUUGAAGGGGCAAAAGAUGGACGCGAUGCCUUCGCCAUCGAAUGCGAGGCCGAGAUGAUGCGGCUAGCAGGACAAGGGUUGCGCUCAUACAUGCUCGACAAUCUGAUCCGCACGGGCGGAACAAAGGCAGCAGAGGAAGUGGUCAAGAAGACGGCACUGGCCGGCAUUGCUGCCAUCACGCUGCCCAUGACCGUCUUUAAUGCCGCCUCAGCGACCCUCGAUGGCGUCUUCGUCCGUGCCAAGACCAAGGCGCACAAGGCUGGUCUCAUCCUUGCCGAAACGCUGCGGAACGAGGUCCAGGGCCACCGACCGGUGGUUCUGAUCGGCACUUCGUUGGGAGCUGCCACGAUUCUCACCGCACUCACAGAGCUCGCCAAGGAGCCCGAGCACACAUCACACCUCAUCGACUCUGUCAUCCUCAUCUCCGCACCCAUCACUCCGUCGCCUGCGACGCUCCGCAAGGUGAGGACCAUCGUCCAGCGUCGCUUCGUCAAUGUCUUCUCCUCGAACGACAUGGUGUGCGGAAUCGCCGCUUGGCUGGGCUCGGGUGUUACGGUCGAGGAGCUCCGCGCUGGAAAGCUGCCCCGCGUAGCAGGCAGCCGCGCGAUCGACGACGUGCCCGGUCUCGAAAACAUCAACGUGUCCGACAUCCUCUCGAGCCACUUUGAGGUCAACGAUGCGGAGAAGCUCUCGGCCGUCCUCGCCCGAUGCGGAGCGCUUGACGACUGA